CCGGUAGAGGGAGCACUUUUAGGUUAGGGUUGGUGUUUGUUUGUUGAAGACUGCAUUCUGAACUCAGGAGGAUUCUUCGUGUGUAUUGAACAAAAUAACUGCCAGCUAGCGUGAACAACGACUGCCUAAAUUCACAUUUUAGUCAAGAUUGGAAAGUAGCUACAUUUGGCUCCCUUUCAAAUUGGUAAAAUAAUAUCCGGGUACAUCAUCAGUCUUCAUCUGGCUGAACCUUUGUGGAGCAAGGUGCUUCUGAAUAGCUAGCUAACGCGUUAGGUUGCUACAGUAGCUAGCUAGCUAAAAGGAUUCAAAAGAACAACUGGUAGCUAGCUGGCUAGCCAGAAAGCCGGGGGAAUCGCAGCUCCGAGGCCCGAGAGGGAGCCUUCCAGGACCGCGGCUUGAUGUACCCUGCCUGCCUCGCCCCAGCAGCCCACAAUGGGGGAGACCAAAGUCAUAUAUCACCUCGACGACCAGGAAACACCCUACCUGGUCAAAUUGGCAGUGCCCGCGGACAGGGUCACACUUGCGGACUUCAAAAAUGUUCUUAAGAAACCUAACUGCAAGUUCUUCUUCAAAUCUAUGGAUGACGAUUUUGGGGUGGUGAAAGAAGAGAUAUCUGAUGACAAUGCCAAACUCCCUUGUUUUAAUGGUCGUGUGGUAUCUUGGCUGGUGUCAGGGGAUGGUACUCACUCAGACGGUGGCUCGGUGGUUGAGAGUUUGUCGGAGCUGCCGCCACCCCCCCUGGAGAGGACUGGGGGCAUCGGGGACUCCAGACCACCCUCCUACCAUGGGAAGGCCACAGGUGGACGAGACUCGUUGGACAAUGAGACUGAGACGGGCUCGAUGGUGUCCCAGAGGAGGGAGAGGGAGCGACCGCGCCGGAAACCCACUCACCAGCCCGGUGGGAGGAACGGUUACUCGCGGGUGGGCCGAGGGGCGGAGCUGAGCCAAUACGACAGCUGCUCCUCCUUCAUGAGCAGCGAGCUGGAGUCCACCAGCUGCUUUGACUCUGAGGAUGACGACGCCACCAGCCGCUUCAGCAGUUCCACAGAGCAGAGCUCCUCUCGCCUAAUGAGGCGACACCGCCGGCGCCGGCGGAAACCUAAAACGUCCAACAUGGAAAGGUCGUCAUCAUUCAGCAGCAUCACAGACUCCACCAUGUCACUGAACAUCAUCACUGUCACUCUGAACAUGGAGAAGUAUAACUUCCUGGGCAUCAGCAUCGUGGGGCAGAGCAAUGAGAGGGGCGACGGAGGCAUCUACAUCGGCUCCAUCAUGAAAGGAGGGGCGGUGGCCGCAGACGGGCGCAUCGAGCCUGGAGACAUGCUACUGCAGGUGAACGACAUCAACUUUGAGAACAUGAACAACGAUGAUGCGGUUCGAGUGCUGAGGGACAUCGUACACAAGCCAGGCCCUAUCACUCUGACUGUGGCUAAGUGCUGGGACCCCAACCCCCGGAGCUGCUUUGCUCUGCCGAGAAGUGAGCCGAUCCGGCCCAUUGACCCUGCUGCGUGGGUUUCCCACACUGCUGCGAUGACAGGGGUGUACCCUGCCUAUGGCAUGAGUCCCUCCAUGACCACGGUCACCUCCACCAGCUCCUCCAUCAGCAGCUCCAUCCCUGAGACUGAACGCUUCGACGAUUUCCACCUGUCCAUCCACAGCGACAUGGCAACCGUUGCCAAGGCCAUGGCUUCCCCGGAGUCGGGCCUGGAGGUCCGAGACAGGAUGUGGCUAAAGAUCACCAUCGCCAACGCCUUCAUAGACUCGUGUUGUGUGUCUGUCUCCCCAGGCUCAGACGUGGUGGACUGGCUCUUCCAUCACGUGGAGGGCUUCUCGGACCGCAGGGAAGCCAGGAAGUAUGCCAGUAACCUGCUCAAAGCCGGCUACAUCCGCCACACCGUCAACAAGAUCACCUUCUCCGAGCAGUGCUACUACAUCUUCGGAGACCUCUGUGGCAACAUGACGCACCUAUCUCUGCAAGACCACGACGGCUCCAGCGGAGGGGCGUCAGACCAGGACACCCUGCCCCCUCUGCCACACCCUGGGGCAGCCCUCUGGCCCAUGGCACUACCCUACCAGUUCCCCAUCGCCCACCCCUACAACCCCCAGCCCCAACACGACCUGCCCCAGGGCAGCGCCGGCAGCCAGCACAGCGACGGCAGCAGCGGCUCCAACUGCAGUAAGACCGAGGGCAGAGGCGGUGCCGGGGGCUCCAACAAGUCGGGCGGUAGUGGCAGCGAAUCAGAGAUCAGGAGCCAUCGGGCCCCCAGCGAGCGCUCUGUGGCCCCUAGCGAGCGCAGUGUCCGCAGUUCCUACAGCCAUCGAAGCGCCCACUCACUGUCCUACGGCCCCGGCAUGGUCUACGCCCCCCCAGGCCUGCCCCCUCAGCCCCUCCACCUGGCCACAGCUGCCCCCGGAGCCCCCCCAGGCCGAGAGCUGGCCAACGCUCCCCCAGAGCUCACCGGCUCCCGCCAGUCCCUGCGCAUGGCCGUUGGCAACCCUGGCGAGUUCUUUGUCGAUGUCAUGUGACUCAGGUCAUGUCAUAGGCACACCACAAAAUGGUGGAUAGUCAUUUUUUUGUUGAGUGCUGAGAGGGACAGGAGGAGGAAGUCUCUAGAAAAGCAUUGUUGGGGUCAAUUCCUUUUCCUUUUGAAUUGGCAGCAUUAAAAUGGAAUUGAGCCCAACCCUGCUGGAAAUGACCUCUCUUACUCUUCUGCUCUACUUUCUUCAGUGAAGAACCCCCCACCCCCCAAAUGGAACCAAAGCGCCUUUUGUCAGUUUCCUCCCUGUGAGUUGUGUUUGGGUCAUGACAGGGAGGGAGGCUGGGGAAACAGCUGAGGAUGACUCUGUGCUUUUCUACGUGGAUGUUUUUCAUUUGUUCUUUUCUGUCUUUCCUCUCCUUAUCUGCACGUCCUCCCCAACCCCAGUCCACCAGAGACGACAUUUUAAAAGCCUCCUCCCUCCAUACAUUCUUUCACCUAAAAUGGCCCCUUAACAACAGAUUAUGUUUGCAAAGUGAAAGAAAUAGAAAAUUAACACUAACCUUACAUUGACUUUUGUUUGUAUGACUUUGUAUGAAAAUGUAGUGCAAGAGAAUUGAUGCCCUUUCUGUUCUCUUGUGUUUAUCAUAGCUGGUUGCAGAUACAUGUAGUUUAUUUUUCAACACUGAGCUUCCAGUUUAGACUCAUUGUUAAAGUACAUUUGUCUGUUAACCAGAGAUAUAUUUGUGUCUCUGUCUUGCGAUAAUGUGGAGUGGAGAAAAAACGGUUUCUUACCAACUCUACUCUUUUAUUGAGAAAUGGGUUUUUAUUUAUAGAUAUAGUUUUAUUACUUUAAUGUUUUGUGUGUGUGUGCGCGCGCAAGAAACCUGAGGAAGGACAUUAUUUGCACUUUAAAGCAAGCAAGGAAUUCCGUGUGUGAGAGCGAGAGAGAGAACAUGUGUGUUUAAGCUUCCUUUUAACUGGUUGAUCCACUGCAUUAAAGAGCUUCCAAAUGUAGAGGUCUGGAUAUGAUGACACUUUAUAAAGGGAAAAUGAUAAGGGAGCAUGACUUGAUGAUGCAGUUCCAGGAUACAUAUUUUGAGAUGAAAUUGGUAGGUCUGCUGUAGCUUCAUAUAUGGAACUGAUGUGGAAUCCAUAUAUUAUGUAGGGAUACAAUUGAAUGUUCAGGAAACAAAAUAUUGAUUUUGAUAUCCUUCUGCAGUAGACAAAAUAAAUGACCAAUGUGUUUAUCUUCA